AUUAAUAUUGUCACAAUUCCCACCCUUGUGAGAGGCGACCAUAGUGGUCCUGACCAUCAUAUUGGUAUCCACUUCAGUUAUACGCGAAGAAACACCUGAUGAACUAGUGUAACCUGUAGAAAAGUUCUAAUCUCUGUUAACGUACGGAUAGAGGUGAUUGUGCGAAAACCAAACACUUUUUUAACGAUAAAAAAUCUAAGAUUAAGUUUUUUCCAAUUAUAAAUGUGAACUGUGAAAAAAAGUGUACAUUUUUAAGUGCGAAAAAAUGAAGUUUGCUAUCGCUACUACAAGUGCUACUUCAUAGAAAGUAUAAUUCUCUUAUCUCACGUAAAUCCAUGUAUAAAACUUAAAUUAAUGCUAAAAAGUCAACAAUCACCUACGUGUUAAAAAAAUAUGAAAUUUUUAAAUUUCAAAUUUCAUACUGGCGAUGAGUAAUAGAAAAUAUUCAAGAAUAUUAUCUAAAGAUAGUGAUAUUUAGCAUCGUUUGUCUAACUUUACGGAUAUUUUCUGUUAUGCAAAUUUAUUUAAAUUGAUCAGUUCAAAAAACAGGUAUAUUACUGUUUUGUUGGAGCAGGAUUAAUAAACAAGUUGGAAUAUAUUAUCCAUUUUAAUCAGCCUUGAGAACGACAGAGGACCACUAUUCUAACAAAAGUCUAUGUGUAAAACAAUCAAGAUGCCUUCCAAAAUCCUUAAGGAAGAACUAAACAGGGGAGUUCUGUUUCCCACCAGUACAAACGACCAAAAACAUUACGAAAAAGAUGAUAUAACAGAACAAAACAGCAAUUCUGAUGAUAACAGAUUCAAAAAGGAGAAAGAAAUCUUGAAUGGAGCGUUAAAGGACAAAACAUUACCUGCCGGUCCUUCAGAUUACCUGAAGGAUUCUCCUGGCAAUUCUGUUAUUGCUUCUAAUGGUAACAGAAAACACUGCUACGAUAAUGAGCUGUUUAUAAAGAAAGAAAAAGAGAACGAGGAAAAGCAUUGUGAAUAUUUGCGGGAAAAAGUUGAAGCAAAUGGUCCAGGCUUCUCUAGACAUAAUAAACAAAUCUCAUCAUCAAAAGACGAUUGCGCUGACGAUACGGACUCGUCUACUAUUAUAUCCGGUAGUGUUAUUGAGGAGCCAGUUUUAGAUGCACCCAUUGUUCCAGAAACAUCGUAUUCGUUAAAGUGCAAAAUCGAUAAUAUAAACGAUGAAAAUUUGUUGAGAAAGUGUAAAAUUGUGCCCAUGUCUAAAAUGGAACGGGAAAACUUGAUGGAGCGCAUGUACAUGGCCCAAAUGAAAAUUGUUACAGAAAUUGUUUCUAAGGAACCCAAAUACAACAAGGAUACAUUCAAGCGCCUUUUCUUGUCACACGAACUGCUAGAACAGCUAUUUAAAUUGUUCGACCAAUCCAGAGAUCAUCAAUUGCCACAAGAAAAAUUCAUCGAAUUCCUUAAACAAAGAGUAACCAGCGAGAAACAGAUAGAUUUUGCCGAGCAGCUGGAGAGUGUGGCCUAUUGCCUUUGUGGUGACGAUGCCAUAAAAUUGCCGCAGUUCAUUCAGAUAUUUAAUGCGAAGGGUAUCAUUGACAAACUUUAUAGACUGAUCGAUCAAGAGAAUAGCGGAUCUUUGACAUCUGAACAAAUUAUGGAGUUCAUAGCUGCAGUUACCAACAUACGGCCAAGAACUGGUUUUGACAAAAGUAGCUUGGAAUGGCUAGAGCAACUUUUCAGGCAAACCGUAGGGAACGAUAAGGAAAUUAAAAGAGAGGAAUUUACAAAAAUUGUAGUAUCAAAAAAUCCCUUCUUUACCGAUAGAGUAUUUGAAAUAUUUGAUAAGGAUAAUUCUGGAUCCAUAUCCCUACAAGAAUUUUUGGAUGCAAUGCACCAGUUUGCAGGGCAAUCACCAGAAGAUAAAAUACGAUUUCUUUUCAAAGUUUACGAUCUUGACGGCGAUGGACUGAUUCAAAUAAAGGAACUGCAGCAUGUCAUAAGGGCUUGUAUGGAAGAAAAUGGAAUGCAGUUUAGCGAAGAGCAAGUGGACGAGUUAACCAUGGCCAUGUUUGAAGAUGCUGAUACUGAAAAUAGGGGUGCCAUCACUUACGAAGCCCUUAAAGCCCAACUUGAAAAACACGGUGGUCUUUUGGAGAAUUUAUCGAUAAGUAUAGACAGAUGGCUGGUUCCACCGAAACCAGUAAAUCAAAAGACUUCAUUACUUCAGAAAAUUUGGGCAUUACGACCUUAUCAACUAUCUGUACCGUACGUUAGGAAUAAUUAUGUCUACCUGAUAUUUUUAUUGGGAUUUUUUGUUUUGAAUAUCGCUUUAUUUGUAUCUCGCGCAUUCCAGUAUAGAUAUUCUAACUGGUAUACAAUAUUUGCCAGGGCCUGUGGACAAUGUUUAAAUUUCACUUGCAUGUUUAUACUAGUUCUUAUGUUGAGGCAAAGUAUUACAUUUUUGCGGACCAGAGGCUUCGGCGCUUUUUUACCAUUGGACCAACAUAUUUACUUUCACAAACUGACAGGGUGGCUUAUUUUUGCUUACAGUUUUAUCCAUACUGUUAUGCAUUGUCUCAAUUUUAGUUUGGUUGUUGUACAUAGUCCGGAAAUAAAUCCCAAAAAUUUCACGGUUGCUGAAUGGCUUUUUACAAGUCGGCCAGGACUUUUUGGACUCAUUGGGGGUUGGGCAAAUCCCACAGGAGUUUUACUAUUUAUCAUUCUGUUAAUUAUGUUCAUCUGUUCCCAAGCAUUUGUUCGUAGGGGUGGUUGUUUCGAGAUCUUCUAUUGGACCCAUUUGCUAUAUGUCCCUUUCUGGAUAUUCUUGAUUCUUCAUGGCCCUAACUUUUGGAAAUGGUUUGCAGCUCCGGGUGUAAUGUACCUUGCAGAGCGUAUAGUGCGGUUGUGCUGGAUGAAAAGCAAAAGGGGAAAAACUUAUAUUAGUUCGGGAAUUCUUUUGCCCUCUAAAGUUACGCAUCUUGUUAUAAAAAGACCGCUGAAUUUUGAUUUUCAUCCUGGUGACUACGUUUUCGUAAAUAUUCCGGCUAUUGCGAAAUAUGAGUGGCACCCUUUCACCAUAAGCAGUGCUCCAGAACAAGAAGAUUAUAUGUGGUUACACAUUCGGGGAGUUGGUGAAUGGACGAAUAGGCUAUACGAAUAUUUUGAAAGGGAACAGGAGAGGCUUCAUAAUGGGGAAGUGCAGCCUGUCACAUGUUCAAACGAUAAAAGGCUUUCGAAUGGAAGUAUAGCGUCAAAUAAUAAUCAAAAUCCGAUAAAAAAAAUCCAAGCAACUAUUACAAGAACAUUUUCUAAUCGUGAUCCUAACAAAAAGGUUGUCGCUCCGCAACUGAUUAGUUUUAGAAACGAAAAAAUUAAUUGUGAAGAAAAUCCUGUUUCGUGUUCGGAUGGAGAUUUAAAUGACACUGCUUCAUGCAGUAAAGAUUUGGUGCCGUAUCCCCUUUCGCCUCCCACAACUGAAAAAGAAAAGAGAUUGCACAGAAUAAUCUUUAUGGGUAGUAGAACUCUAGAAAAAUCGUUGUCAAUGCCUGACAUGCAAACAAAACUAAAGAAAAAGGAAAGACUUUUAGCAUUAAGAGAAUAUAUGAGAUCUGAAUCGGAAAAAAGUUUCAACGAAUGUCAAAUGAGAAGGGCUAGACUCAGGUCAUUAGGGGUGGCUUAUUUAAGUCCGCAAAAUAAAUCCUUAGCCCAGAGCUUCAGAUACAUGAGAAAUAAGCCAACAAUUAUCGCUUUUAAAACCCCAAGUUUGGAAAAUUGCGAAGCAAAAGAUUCCAGCUAUUCCUUAGGAUCUAUCAGUACUGUUUCUCCCAAACAAAUACCGGACGAUAUCAGAAAUGCUGAAGAAGGUCGAACGUGCCAAUUUGCUGAAACGUCGGUUGGCUCUUUACAACAGAAAUCAGUUAACUAUCCUGUGGGGAAACCCCUAGAGACAAUAAGUGAAAAAGCUACUCCUAGAGAUAGUCAGGAAAUUCCAGAGCGGGACCUUAAAAAAAUGUUUAAACGGCUUCCACUGGGUGAAGGGACAGAGAUUUAUUUAGAUGGGCCUUAUGGUGCACCUUCUAGCCAUAUUUUUAGAGCCCAACACGCAGUAUUGAUAGCUACAGGUAUUGGUGUAACUCCAUUCGCAUCAAUUUUGCAAUCUAUUAUGCACAGAUACUGGAAAGCAAGACACACAUGUCCAAAAUGCAAAUUUUCAUGGGCAAGUGAUAUUCCACCAACCGUUAUGAACCUACGAAAGGUUGAUUUCUUUUGGAUAAACAGGAAUCAAAGAUCGUUCGAAUGGUUUGUAAAUCUUUUGUCCCAAUUAGAAAUAGAACAAGCGGAAUUGGGUAGCGCUAUGGAAAGAUUUUUGGAAAUGCAUAUGUACAUUACGAGUGCGCUCCAAAAAACCGAUAUGAAAGCAGUGGGAUUGCAAUUAGCACUAGACCUUUUACAUGAAAAGGAAAAGCGGGAUCUUAUAACAGGAUUAAAGACGAGAACCAACGCUGGACGUCCGAAUUGGGAUAAAGUUCUGAAGCAGAUAAGUGAUCAAAAAAAAGGAAAGGUUACCGUUUUUUAUUGUGGUCCUCCACAACUUGGUAGAAUACUUAGAGUUAAAUGUGAUCAAUUUGGAUUUAGUUUUAGAAAAGAAACUUUUUAGAAAUUUUUAUUUAACUUAACACGUGCCACAUUUUUUAAUGUACUAUCUAUUUAUUGUUUUUAUUGAAGAAAUGCCAUUUUUUAUCUGUUCUCUUUAAUUAUUAUGUACAUUUUUUCGCUAUUAUAAAUACGCAAUAGUAUUGUAUUACUUGUAUGUAAAUUUGUUAAUGUUUUAUAUUGUGUACGUAAAAGAUUUUUUAUAAU